AUGGUGAAUCAACUGGUUAGAAUAUAUGGUGAUUCAGCAUCACCAAGCUUUACUAAAUCUGAGGACGGAGUGAAAAAGGAAACAGUAUUCUAUGGUGGUGUUUCCGGACAGGUGCGAGAGGAAAAUGACAGGUCAUCGCGAGACAGCCUUACCAGAGAAGGGGAUAUAAUCCAAGGAGACGAUUACCAUACAGAGCAUCAAGGGGAAAUCGGGAUGACAAUGGUAUGCAACGCAAAGAUUACGGCGAAACUUCAAGCAGGCAAAGUCAAAGAAAGCUAAACCUUGUUGAUCAUUAUGGAAAUAUUCCGAGAUGCAACAUUUGUGAAAGCAAAUUCCACUGGGCACGAAAUUGUCCUGAUGCAAAUGAAAAUCAAGGUUUAGAUCCUGACAAGAAAACUCAAACUCCAAACUUAUUUCAAUCGCCUAAUCAUGAUGUACAUGAGAUGAAGGUAUUUGUAGGAGAAAUUUUAGUUGUGCAGUUCUUGAUUCUGUGCGACAGCGCACACAAACAGUGUGUGGUAGAAAGUGGCUGGAUUGUUACACGGUCAGUCUGAUUGAUGAAGAUAUUAUCAAGGAAAAACCAUCCACCGCUGCAUUUAGGUCUGAAAAGAAAGUAAUAAUACCAGCAGUCAUUGGAUCUAACUUCUAA